AUGCUCGCAUCGCUACUCCGACCGCGAAAGGGUCGGCGCCGUCGCCCCGAACCGUCACCCUACUCGUCGCCCUUUGUGCAGCGCGCCGGCGAACGCACCGCCAACGGCUACUUCGACCCGGCACAUGGCAACAAUGGCUCCGACGAAGACGAGGAUCAGUACGACGCCGGCGGCGAGGACGAGGACGACCACGAUCCUGUGCUUCCCAUCUUCAGUGCCGAGCAUCUCGACCGCCUCCCGAUCUACAACAUUACCCACUCCAUAAGACUGCUGGUUCUGCAGCGCUGCGAGACGACCCUGUCCUGGGACCAGCUGCGCUCACCGCAAGUCUCCCAGUUCCUUGUGAAGCCCAUCCAGCAGGAAAUUCGCGCAACCCUCUUCUCGCGCGGCACCCUGUACGCCUUGAUCGCCAAUUGCUUGAACUUCCAGAAACAGGGCGAGGCGAAUCCGGGCAAUGUGGGCGUGGAGCGCACCCGCGGCUUGAUCUGCGAGCUGCUGGCCAUGCGCCUGCUCAAGGAGUUUUCCACCCGUGAGCUCAUUGAUGCACUCUCCUACGAUUUUGAUCCCUUGCAGGGAUGGGCGCAGCCUGCAAAUGCUACUGGUCGCGACAAGUCCAUGACGCACGCGCGCAUCUCGACCGUCGAGAUUGCUAUUCGCGCGCAAGCGAAGAAGUUCCUCGCCCACCCCCUCGUAGUGCAGCAGCUGCAGGCCAUCUGGUCCGGGACCAUUGUCUUUCACUCGUACGCCGACAGCCUGCAUAGGCCCCCGGCGAAGCGUAAUGUCCUUCGCGGGCCAAACUAUGGCACCAUGGACAAUGACCCGGGAAAGAUGAAUGAGGCUGAGCGUGUGCCGUCCUCCAUGAUUCGUCGGACUGUGACCUUGUACGACCCGCACGAGGCCUCAUUGUUCAAGUUGUCUCGCCUGCGCGUGCCGCGGUACAGACAGCUCUUCUCCACGGCUUCCUUUGCUGUUAUGCUUGCCCUCUUCUUAAUGGUCCUUGCAGGCAAGUCCACUGACAUCACCGCCUUAGAGGUGGUGUUCUGGUUCUGGUCCGCAGGAUACCUUCUUGAAGAAAUCGUUGCAUAUACGGAGCAAGGCUUCAACUUGUACAUCUUGAGUGUCUGGAAUGCCUUCGACCUUGGAAUUCUACUCCUAUUCCUGGUCUACUAUGUUCUGAGAUUAUACGGCAUUCUCAUGCCCGAUGUCCGCAAGAGCGUGGUAGCAGGCUGGGCUUAUGACGUUCUAGCUUCCACGGCCGUCUUGCUGUUCCCCAGGUUGUUCUCCGUCCUGGAUCACUAUCGGUACUUUUCGCAGCUGCUGAUUGCCUUCCGGAUGAUGGCGAUGGACCUCAUGGCUGUCCUUGUCCUCAUCGUAAUCAGCUGUAGUGGCUUCUUCGUGGCCUUUACUUUGGCAUUUGGCGACAACGGGCUCACGUCGGCUGGAUCUGCAGCAUAUGCGCUCUUCCAGCUGCUCAUGGGAUUCACUCCAGCAGCCUGGGAUAUGUGGGGUGAAUACAACCUGCUGGGAAGAGCUAUUCUUAUCCUUUUCCUUUUCAUUGCCCACUUCUUGAUUGUCACUAUCUUGAUUACGGUUUUGACGAACUCAUUCAUGGCGGUUGUACAGAACUCAAACGAAGAGCACCAGUUCUUGUUUGCUGUUAACACCAUCUCGAUGGUCAAAUCGGACGCCCUCUUCUCCUACAUCGCGCCGACCAACAUCAUCGCAUGGCUCUUGACACCACUUCGAUACAUGAUGCCUUUCCGCUCGUUCGUGAAGAUGAACCGAACACUGAUCAAGAUCACCCAUUUCCCAGUCCUUAUGGCAAUCUUCUCAUACGAACGGCUGAUCCUUUCGCGGAUUGCCUUCCAACCAGAGGAGUUGGUGGAACAGCGGGGACGCUCUCGGACAAAGGUGCCAGUGGCAUUCACCAUUCGCGGCGGGGGUGAUCUCUUCAGCCCAGGAACACGUCUACGUGAGCCGUCUAUCACCACAUUCCAGAAGGAUCGUGCACUCGAUGAGGUUUUCCGUCGGCCUUUCACAGGACCGACUCCAAGCAUGCGCCAUCCUAUCAGUGACGGCGCUGAUGAGAGGAGAAAGUCCAGCAAUGUGGUUCGUGAUUGGAUGAAGGGUAUGGGUCACGAGGGAGGAGCAUCGCCCCCGGAAGAAGAGCCCAGGACGCAGCCCAUCAUGGCAAGAUCGGUGGCCUCGGAUCCGGAUGUCACUCCAACAAAUGCCGUACUGUCUCAGUACGGUCCCGGGUUUGUCGGAACCAGCCUCGCAAGCUUGGAUGAACAGCCGCAGCAAACCGAUGCGGAUGGCGACGACGAGCUUGUCACGAAUGACGAUAAUGAAGACGAUAGGAUUACCCUGGGUCAGUCUGUCCGCGACGGGCCUCACUUACCCCCUCCCAAGGUGAACGAGCCAAAUUACGAAUCGUCUGAGGGCGAGCAGUAUUUCAAGACUCCGGUUGCCACAAAAUCGCAUACUCCCGCUGCCCCAGGCUCCGUCGUGUCAAGACUUCGUGAUCCGCCGCCUCUCCCGAGGCCGUCGUCUUCUGGCCAAGAGCGCCGGCACCAUCGUCGCACCAUCUCCACCAAUACCAUCCUCUUCAGCCCAGAAAAGAAUGACUUCGGAUCUGGUCACGAGUCGAACUCUACCGCGCCGGGGACACGGCCGCCAACGGGACAUCGUAGCGGCACGGCAACUCCCAAAACCAAGGCUACUCCGAAGCGCCCUGCUUCAGGUCGCCCGAACCUUUCCCCGCUCGCAAACAUGUCUCCGCCCAAUCCCACCAUCGGCUUUGGGAACCUUCCUCGUCCCUCUCGCUCUCGCCGCGAUCCGUCAUUCAACGCUCUGGCCCUGGACCUCGCCUCCGACCUUGGUGACAACCGCCCUCGUCCAGAGCUGCCAGGUAUGCAAGGCCUGUCGGCCAGCUUCUCGACGCAGAUGGAGAUGGCGGCGAUGGGAGCACGCCGUUUCCCCCGGCGCCGUGAAAUGACAUCGAACGACGAUGAAGAGGAAGUAGACGAGGAAGAGGAAGACAGGUCGCGCACGAACAGGAUCCUGCUGGCGCGCAUGAACACGCUGGAGGAGAGUUUCAAGGAAGUGCUGAAAGAAGUCCGCAAUCUCAAGACGGUGCCGCCUGCGGAGAAGAAGGGCAAGAACAAAAAGGGCACCAAGACACCGGCAACCGCAGGGUCGAGAACGCCUGGCGCGAGCUCGGCUGGUGGUGGAAGCACGGGAACCGGGGGAACUGGUGGAACGACUGCUACGGCAUUUCACGAUGGAAACGCUAUCCGCCACGGAAGCGAUGACGAUCGAGCCUCGAUCAGAAGGAUUGAGGAAGCGGAGCACGAGAGCGAUAUGGACUCAUCGAGGUCAUCGCUCUGA